AAUAUCUUUACGCAUGCUACAAUCAAUCAAGCUGCAGACACUUUGGGCUUAGUUCAUAACGAAAUCUUUAACCCAAUCCGGAGCUUUGCUGGUGCGUAUUGAGGCCAUUUCCUGGAUGAGCUGCCAUCCAUCCUCUUCCCGCUUAGGGCUCAUAUCACGCUUCAACCCUCGCAAAAAUUCGUUUGAAACGACUUAUUAACUGCUAUUUUAUAAGAUUAAAAAUUAAAAUAAAAAAUGCAAAAAAUAGAGAAGCAAAUAGAUCUGCCGAAAACUGAAAAAGAUAAAAAUAUUUUUUCCCACGCUUGAAAAAAAAAAAAACCCAGCUCUCCUUCCUCCGAUCCGAUCGGCCCUCCCGCCUCUUUUCUUAUUUUGUUUUUUUUUUUUUAAUUUCAUUUUAGGGUUUUUUGUUUUAAUAUAAAAAAUUUCAAAUUCACCUUAUCGGUUACAAAUACUUUUGUUUUUUGUUUCUCGCUCAUUUAUCGAAUCGUGCAUGUAUUGAUCUGCUUCGAAUCUCCAUUCUUUGAGGAUUUUCUUUGUGGAAUCUUUGUCGGUGAACUCGAGGAUUUAUUAAUUUCAGUUUUUGUUGUUUUUCGAUCGGCAUUUCUUUUGUGAAUCAAUGGUGGUGUGAAUUGGGGGUUAGAAUCGUUAGAUUGACGAGAUUUUGACGGGGUUUUUGGGAAAUGGCAUCGGCUCAGGUCCUGUCUAGUUCGCGGAAACAAGAGCAUUUAGAAGCUGGGAAGCGUCGGCUUGAGGAAUUUCGUAAGAAAAAAGCAGCUGAGAGAGCCAAGAAGGCAGCAUCUACCUCCCAAACUUAUGCUGCAGAUGUUAGCUUAAAUGAGAAACAUCAAUUAGAAACUGAACAUGAGCGAGUCACUGACUCACAUGAUGCUGGUACAUCUGAUGGACCUGAUCCUUCUUCUUUAAAAAUAAUUAACAACAACAACAACGGCAAAGAAACAACUGAAGUUUCCCAUGAAAGUCAGCAAGCUGACUCUAACAACCCACAUGCCAUCCCUUCUUUUUUAGUGAACGAUUAUAAUUUGUCUUCUACAGAAGUGCAUAUGCAUGCAAAAAGUCAAGAAAAUGAGAAAUAUGGUGCUUCGUGGAAUGGUAGCCCAUUGUUUAUUGAUAGUGUACCAGCAAAACAUAUGAAUAAUGACUUUCAAGAACCCAAGUCAAAAGAAGAUGAUGGUUUGUUGAAGGUUUCUGCAGUUGUACAUCCUAUUUCUACUGGAGAUUUUGUUUCUAAAAUAUCUCCUCAGAAUUCACUGCACAGUAAUGCCAGUGAAGGCAACUUGCUAGGUAGUAACCAUGUGCUAUCUUCUUCCUAUGAAGACUCUACUCAAUCUACCUUGGGUGCAAGAGGGUCUGUCCUUGAAGUUGGGCAGAACUUACGAGGCAAUGCCGAAUUUAGGGAACCUAUGAUUUCUGAUCUCGAAGGAAGAAAAUUUAGUAGUUCAUCCAGUGAUUUUCCAAGUGUGCAUGGUCCACCCACAGAAACAUCUGGAUCUUCAGAGUUCAGUUUUGAUGCCAGAAGCUCCACAAGUCACAUGCCACUGCAUUCAGUGACAAAUGAUACUAAUUCUAGGAGAUCUCGUCCAUCUUUCCGUAAUUCUCUUAAUGUAUCCAGAGCUUCUUCUGGGUCUCUUUUUCAACAGAAUCAACCUACAAAGGAUGCAUUUGCCUCCCAUAGUUCACAAUUUAACAGUAUCAAUGCCAUAGGAUCAUCCCUUUUUGAGAAACCAUCAACAGAGAGUGCAACUAUGGAAACUUUCUCCAAGCUAAGGUCCCCCUAUUUUUCUCGUGCCAGUGAGUAUCCUGGUCAUUUUUCAGUUCCUGCUAGUAAUAGUGGUGACCUCUUGGGGCUGAAUAUUGCUAAUGGGAAUAUCUCGGAGAAGAAGCAUGAGUUCUACUCAACCAAACAGAAUGAAGAUUUUGCUGCUUUGGAGCAGCAUAUUGAAGAUUUGACUCAGGAAAAGUUUUCACUGCAAAGAGCUCUUGAAGCUUCACGUACAUUAGCAGAAUCCUUGGCUGCUGAAAAUUCAUCCUUGACAGAUAGUUAUAAUCAACAGGGAAGUGUUGUCAACCAGCUAAAAUCUGACAUGGAGAAGUUACAGAAUGAAAUCAAGGCCCAACUGGCGGAGCUUGAGUCUUUUAAAAUGGAAUAUGCAAAUGCACGGUUGGAAUGUAAUGCAGCUGAUGAACGUGCCAAUAUAUUGGCUUCUGAAGUCAUUGGUUUGGAAGAGAAGGCACUUAGACUAAGGUCGAAUGAGCUAAAAUUGGAGAGGCAGUUGGAGAACUCACAGGCUGAAAUUUCUUCUUUCAAAAAGAAAAUGUCAAGUCUUGAUAAAGAGCGUCAGGAUUUCCAGUCAACUAUUGAAGCUCUUCAAGAAGAGAAGAAGGUACUGCAGUCUAAGCUACAAAAAGCUUCUGCCAGUGGAAAGUCUAUUGAUGUUAUUAAGAAUCCUUCUAGUAAGAAGGAUAUGUCAACUUCAACAGAAGAUCUAGCCAGCACGGAUGUUACUUCUGAUGAGAGGAAAAUGAAUAACGGUAAUGAUGCCUCUAGUUUGAGCUUGCUGCCUGAAGAUGGACAAUUUGAAGCUUCUUCUGUUUAUAUUCCGACUGAUCAAAUGAGAAUGAUUCAGAACAUUAAUGCUCUAAUUUCUGAGUUGACAUUGGAGAAAGAAGAACUGACACAAGCUUUGUCAUCUGAGUUAUCUCAAAGUUCAAAGUUGAAGGAGUUGAACAACGAGUUGUCCAGGAAACUUGAAGCUCAAACUCAAAGAUUAGAGCUUCUAACAGCUCAAAGUAUGGCAAGUGAGCAUAUCCCUGCUAGACAACCCAAGUCUCGAAUAAUGCAUGAUAGUACUCCAUAUGCCGAUGAGGGUGAUGAGGUGGUGGAAAGGGUCUUAGGAUGGAUAAUGAAGCUCUUUCCCGGUGGGCCCUCAAGACGGAGAACCAACAAGCGUCUUUCAUACUGAAUCCGUUUAUCUUGGCAAGAGAGGUGCUUUGUUUUGAGUUUUUCUGCCUUCCCCUGUUUUUGUGAGGUGAGGGAGGUCGCGCGAUUUGUAUAUUUUGAGUCCAUUAUACAACCCAUUCUUUAUGAUAGAAAGAAAAUGAGUUUCUCUUGAUCAUGUUCGUGUUACGAUUGUUUGGCAAAAUCUAGUUGUCAAUUAUUUCAGAGAAGGCAAUAAAGAAGUCCCUUGUUGCGGUCACUUGGUUCUCCUUUUCGGGAUCAAAUUUUGGUGGGCAAUCACUCAAGGUUGAAAUGAACUGAGAGACGAAUGGUAUAGGAGAGAAGCCUGCAAGUUUUAAUUGUGCCAUUUUAUUGCAUUUGUGAUGAGCAGAUUUCGGUGGUGCAUAAGCAUUAGAAUUUAAGCACUUGAUUUUGUUGUCUUGACUGUGUUUACUCCAGGGCUUCAAAGCCUCCGAUGCGUCUGGUUAUUACAAAAAAAAAAAAAAAACC